CGGUCCUCAGACACGUCUUGCAAUAAUUCCUGCGUUUGCUCAACUCAAGCAUUAGACAUGGUCUCACUCGCUCAACUGAGGCCAUCAGUGCUCAACGCUGCACGGCAAUCCCUUCAUCGUGCUCGCCUGCAUGAAAAUGCAGUUUUCUCAAGACCUGUCUCCUUCGGGACCAGUCUCGUCGAUGACAUGUGGGGAGGCGGAGACUCGGCUGCUCCUCCAUUAGAUGGGCCUCCAAUGGGCCCAAAUACAUACUACAACCCGAUGACUGCAAUGAUGCAGAGGGAACCAAAGAGGGACGUCGUGGAACGUCCAAAACCUUACCACGUUCACGUAUACACUACACACAACAAUUGCCGCGUCGUCUUCACCUAUCCGUCCGGCAAGCUCGUCAAGAAUGGAUGGUGGACGAGUGGUUCGUGCGGUUUCAAAGGAGCGAAUAAAAGCAGCUAUGAAGCAGGGUAUCAAUGCGCCGUGCGUGCUUUCAAGCGCAUCGAGGAGGAAAUAACUAGUCCGAACUUCAAAGAUGGUGGUGUGUCGCCUGUCACGCUUGCGCUGAAGUUUAAAGGGUUCGGGUGGGGGAGGGAAGCGGUACAAAAGGCGUUCAUGACUUCUGAGGGGGAUAAUAUCCGGUCGUCAGUGGUGGUAGUUGAGGACAGGACACCUAUAAAGAUUGGAGGGACAAGGGCAAAGAAAGCAAGACGACUAUAGUAUUGUGCUGUUUCCAGUUCUCAUUGUGAUGUAUCCGCUGAAUUGAUUAUCGUCAUUCGCGGCACGCGCACUCCCAAGCAGAGUUGUACAAGUCUGCUCAGAUCCGCAACCCACUGACCAUUAUUACAGGCAGGGAGUGCUUGUCGACAAGGAUCUCCACCGUAUCUAGCCAAU